CUUUAGCUUUUGCGUCGUUCUGCGCUGGGGGAAUUGCUUAGCCGGGCUAUGAGCCUAUGAUGAUAAUGGAGUUCGUCAAUGUGGGGCAGCCGUGACGCCGGAGCUCUGUCAAUUUAAAGGAUACCAUAGCCCAAAAUAGAUCUGCAAAUGGAGCAGCACUCAGCCCCCCUUGUGAGGAAGAAGCUAGAAAGAAUGGUUUGGCAAGCAGCUCUUCUUGUUCAGUUGGCGAGCCUUGCAGCGGCAUCAGGAGAACGGCAUAUCGCUCGGUCCGGCUGCCAGGCGAAGUGCGGAAACGUCAGCAUCCCCUACCCUUUCGGCAUCGGCGAAGGCUGCUUCCUCCAUGGCUUUGAAAUCACAUGCAACACAUCCUUCAACCCUCCCAAGGCCUUCCUUGGCAGUGGCAACAUCGAUGUCGAAGAGAUCCAGCUUCUCAAGGGUCGUGUGGUCGUCAAUAAGCUUAUAGCCCGUGACUGCUACGCCAAGAAUGGCAGCCGCCGCAAUAGCACGUCCACAAGCAUCGUGCUUUCCAAGCCCUACAUGUUCUCCAGCACCCGCAACAAGUUCGUGGCGAUCGGGUGCGACACCAUCGGACGCCUCGAGGACAUGGAGUCGAAGUUCGAGACCGGGUGCUUGUCGCUGUGCAAUAGCACCAGCUACAUCACUAAUGGGACCUGCAACGGCAUCGGCUGCUGCGAAACAGUUAUUCCAAAGAAACUCAGGUCCUUCGAGGUCUACGUCAGCAGCUUUCGCAACCACACCGAGUGUUGGGAUUUCAAUCCUUGCAGCUACGGCUUCUUGGCUGAUGAGGGGCGGCUAAACUUUAGCGUCGACAGCUUCUCUCGUCUUGCCAGCACGGAAAAGAUCCCGGUGACGCUGUCCUGGGCCGUACGGGACAAGAGCUGCGAGGAAGCUCGCAAUAACCGGACGAGUUUUGCGUGCAAGGCCGAGAACAGCUACUGCGUGAACUCCACCAACGGAGGGGGAUACCGCUGCAAUUGCUCAGAAGGAUUUGAGGGCAACCCUUAUCUAGAAGACGGAUGCCAAGAUAUUGAUGAAUGUGCAUCUUCACCCUGCGUAGAAAGAUGUGAAAAUUUCCCUCCAGGAAACUAUACCUGCCGUUGUCCUUGGCACAUGUAUGGGGAUGGCAAGAAAAAUGGAAGCGGCUGCAAAUCUAUAUCCAAGCUCCUCCACUGGGUUCUAGGCUCAGGGUUUGGUCUCUUAGUUCUCGCGGUCCUCAGUUCUUUGCUUUAUCUGAUGAUCAAGAAGCGAAGACACAUUAAGCUCAAGGAGAAGUUCUUCAAAAAAAAUGGAGGUCUUCUGCUACAGCAGCAACUCUCUUCGCUAGAGGGUAGUGCCCCAGUGACAAGGUUGUUUACCACAGAGGAGCUCUUAGCAGCUACUGACAACUACUUGGAGAGCCGCAUCCUCGGCCAGGGAGGUGCCGGGACAGUAUAUAAAGGAAUUCUUUCGGACAAAACAAUCGUGGCGAUCAAGAAAUCCAGAAUAUCCGAUGAUAGCGAAAUCGAGCUGUUCAUAAAUGAGGUGGUGGUUCUUUCCCAGAUCAACCAUAGAAACGUAGUGAAGCUCUUGGGGUGUUGUCUGGAAACCAGAGUCCCACUGCUCGUUUUUGAAUUCGUGCCCAACGGAUCCCUCGCUCACAUGUUACACAGUGAAGGUGGCAAAGCCUCGCUGUUCUUGGAGUGCCGUCUGAGGAUCGCAACAGAAGUAGCAGGAGCGCUGGCUUACCUGCACUCCGCAGCCUCGGUGCCUAUUAUUCACAGAGAUGUCAAGCCCAGCAACAUACUCUUGGAUGAGAACUACACAGCGAAAGUAUCUGAUUUCGGAACUUCGAGGCUGGUUCCCUUCAAUCAGAAAGCAUUUGAAUCAUUGAUUCGAGGGACCUUUGGAUACGUGGAUCCUGAGUACUUCCUCACCGGCAUGUUCACCGACAAAAGUGAUGUCUAUAGUUUUGGGGUGGUUCUGGUCGAGCUCCUCACAGGUGAGAAGCCAGUAGUACCGACAAAAUCGAUGGAGUUCACCAAUCUCGCCUUGCAGUUCGGUUCUCAUGUGAAGGAAGGCCGUCUUCUCGAGAUUCUGGAGCAACGUCUAGUCCAAGAGGGAUCUCCUGAGCUGCUUCUAGCAGUUGCGGAGCUUGCGACCCGAUGCCUCAGCUUGAAGUGGGAAGAAAGGCCUACGAUGAAGGAAGUCGCCAUGGAGUUGGAGGGGCUGAGAACAUCCAGCAGGCAUCCUUGGGUUGAAAAGAACGAAGAAGAGGGAGACCGUUUGACGGCAAUUGAAUGCUCCACAAGUACCUUUGGUGAGGGUGAUUCUUCCUCGCACAUCAUGCUGUCCUUCGACAUCUCGCGAGAAAAUAUUGCACUUCGACCUCGAACUAGACCAAUCUCAUUGACCUCAGAUGUAAACCGAGGCGAACGAUGUCGGCCUCAACUGGGGAGCAUACCAGCUUAGGAACCUCCAGCCGAGGAGAACAAUCAGUGAGCAUCGACAAAGACUGACAGCCCUAACAACCGACAACCUUGCAGGCCGUAAUUGCGGCAGCACCACACUCUGCGCCAGGCCUGUGCGGCAUGCCUCCCACGUGGACUGAUCUCUGCACUACAUCCUAUCACUGGUUAUUGCCUAUCCAUCAUUUUACGCCACGUUGGCCCAGGUAACAACAAAGUUGAUUUUUCUAUAUAAAGGGGGAAACUUGGGGGACCUCACAAAGCGACCCUCUACUAAAAUCCUCUCCCUUCCAUAUCGUUGCCUUGAUAUGCAUUGAAAGGUUCCUCUCCAGAAACUCUCCAAAAGUGGACUUCUUGAAGGCCAUCCAGUGGAGGAGACCAGCGCCCGACGCCUCAACUAGCCUACUCAGUCCGCUUCUAGCAGACCUUAGGGUCGUCCAAGCUGCUCUCCCACCUUGGUCCGAAUUCGAAUAAUGGUUAUAUAGCAGCCAUUUGUUCUCCAAAUUUGCCGAAAUUGGGAUUAUUUUGGAAGAUAGAUUGUGAAUAAAAUAUAGGUGGGCAUUUUGGCGUGACAGGGCUUUGAACAUUUCCGGCUAUCGUCCGAGAAAAUGCAACCGAA